AUGGGAUCAUUACAACUUUCUUCGUUUCAGUCAAAUGCAUUUCUCCGAGGAAGAUGGGAAGGAACUAGACUAUCGACAAGGAAAAACAGAAGGGGGAGAUCUUCGCUGAAUAUGGUUUUGACGACUCCCAUUGAUAUCAUCGAGCAAGCAUCAACAGUGAACCUUUUGGAUGAUCUAAUUGACGAGAGUGUCAGGACAAGUGCGCGUCGCCCAAUUAUCAGACAGUUUGAUCCUUCCAGUGGAUGGAUCUGGAGACGUUGGAAGGGUACCAUUUUCUCCGAAACAUGGGUUUCCUGUGUGAGAAACGUACUAUAUGCGAUCGCAAUCUUCCUCCUUUACAAAUCGUAUCCAAACAUUGUCGACAAUCACUUGACUGGAUUUAGCACCUUGUGGGGACAGCUGUUAUCGGUGACAACUUUCACCCUUACAUUUUUUGUCAAUCAGUCAUAUGCCUUAUGGAAAAAAUGCACUCAGCUUAGUAGGCGUCUACAGGGUCGGUUGCAUGAUAUCGGUAUGAAUAUGGCAACCCAUGCCCGUCGACAAAAACCUGAAACCGAGAACGAACCGUCAACCUACACACCCGAGAGUCGUCAGAUAUUGGAGCUUAUGAGUCGAUACGUGCGUAUGUUUAACCUACUUACAUAUGCAUCCUUCACGAGAUCUCACCGUCCGAUCUUGACCCCACGCGGAAUGCGUCGGCUUGUUGAACGAGGCUUGUUGACUCCACAAGAAAGAGAGUCUCUGGUAGAGGCAAAUAUUCCACCGACACAACGCCAUAGUGCCAUCUUGAUGUGGAUGAUUCGUCUUUUUAUUGAAGGACGGGCAUCGGGCCAUAUUCUUGGGGGCGAUGGAUUUGAACAGCAUACGCUGGACAAGUUCCACAUCAUCCGUGCUCAGUACGGUGCCAUUGGAGACGAGUUACAAGGGCGAAUGCCAUUGGCUUACGCACACAUCGUUCAAGUUUUGGUUGAUCUCAUUCUUUGGACCUAUCCUUUAAUGGCCUUCUCCACUGGUAUGUCUCCGUAUCUUGUCAUCGCUGGGACGGGUCUAUUGACUAUUUCGUAUCAAGGACUCUUUGAUCUGGCAAAGCAAUUCUUGGACCCAUAUGACAACGAAACAUAUGGAAAGGGCGAAGACCCAUUGUGUGUAGAUACUCUCAUCGCCGAGACCAAUGCUGGCUCCGUGAGAUGGUUAUUUGGAUUUGAAGAAAUGCCUUUCAAUGCGGAACAGUUGCAAAGGGGCGAACUUAUGGACAGUUUGUUGCCAGUUCGUGGAUACACAGUAGAGGACUUGGCUCAGAUGGAAGAAGAUCGAAUAAAGAAAGAAGAGUUGCGCCGAAGGGAAGAAGAGGAGAGACUACGGCAAGAGGCAGAAGCGGAGAGUGAAGAAGAAGAGCCUGAAGUUGAAGAAUCAGUGUUAAAUGAUCCCGAAAUACAAUCUCAACCCGCUGCAGAGAAUGCGACUGCACUUGAAGAUCCGACGCCAAUCGAAGUGGUCUCUGAUGUAGAAGCGGAGCUGAGAAUGGGUGGAGAGAAAGUUGUGCACACAGUUACAACUGUUGGUGGGAAUCCUUUUAGCCUGAAAAAGAUUGAUGAUGACGAAUACGUGGGUAUUGUUGCAUCUGGUCAGUCCACAGCCAACGGAAACCUGGAAGUUGCGAAUUAUCUAGCUUCACUCUCGCCGUUGGAGGUGGAAGAGCAAAGUACAACGGAGCUUGGGCCACAAGACGAAGUACUGGAAGACAUGCCAGAGAUUGUUGAAGAGGGAGACAGUUUUCCAGUCGUGGCAGAAGAGCUACAGAGUGCAACUUCCCAGAAGCUAAGUGACGAUGAAUACAACGAGAAGCUUGCAGCUAUUGAAGAAGCAAUCAAAGAGCUGAACGCCAAAGCGCAAUCUGAUGACAGAGACGAAAUCCAGCUUCUAACCGACAAGAAAAAGGUGGCUGCCUCUGUGGAGGACGAGGAGAUGGACGAGGAACCAAAGCGAAUGACUCUGGAAGACUACGAAGAAGAGGUCGUGAGAAUAAUUACAGAAGCCAAGGAAGAGAUGCUCGAGACAGAAGCGAUUCUAAGCACCAAGGCUGGUCUAGAUCCUCUGGGCUGGGAUUAUGAGGACGACGAGCUCAAAUCGAUUGCCGAUGAUGAUGAAGCAGAUCCUAAAGGUGACGGCGAGGCAAGAGACAGGAGUGUCAUGGAUGACAAUUUGGAUGUACUUGAAAUGGAUAUAGACGGGGAUGAACCAAUGGAAGGAGAGAAUGCAUUAUAUCUAGAACCACCUGAAAAUAUCAUGGUGGAAACGCACGUUGAUAUGGAGACAGCGUUGACGGAAAAAUCCGAAGAUGAUGCACAUCUCACGGACAUCGAGAAAACUCGGAGGUUGUUGAUGGGAAGUGAAUACAAUAAGAAUGGAGCUAGGGCACAGGACCCAGAAGCGGUUAAGAGCACGGAUUCUGUCGAAUCAGACGGGGAUGUCUAG